GGUGACGUUAGAUCAGACGUAUGCCAUUCGAAGAUAAUAUCUGUUAAUUCACUAAAAAUUCGAUUCUACGAGUAGCUGAUACUCAGUGCUGAAUAACCGCGAGUGAUUCAAUAAUUUAUGAGUGAGUGUUACGAAAUUCAAUAUUAAAUCAAUGGCGCCAUAAUUGGUCAUUUUCUAUUAGUGUAUACGCCCUAAUUGGUGUCAAAAUGGACGCGGAAGCUGCUCUGCUGGUGACAUCACCCACACUCUCAACCAUUUCCUCCGAUCAAACUGAUCCGAGAUACACGGAUCGUGAAUCCCCAUAUUCAGCCGACUCACCAAUCACAGCAAAACCGGUAUUCAGGAAGAUCAGAGAGGAGGAGAUUACACCAAAGCCGACACCCAGACACUCGCUGCUGCCGAGAAAGCCAGAAUUUCGGAUACGACCGCCAUACCUUAUGAUAUGCAUCAGCAUCAUCGAGAUCACUGUUCACUGCCUGAGUGAUGAUGGUGCACUUCGCAGAUGGCUAGUCUACGAUCCAAGACAGCGCAUACAAGGCUGGCGAUUCGUAUCAUACAUGUUGCUACACUCAAAUGCACUUCACUUGUCCCUGAACGUUGUCAUUCAGAUGGUAUUAGCAGCUCCACUGGAGGUGGAACAGGGGAAAUUGGCAGUGGCAACAAUUUAUCUUGGUGGUGGUAUUUGCGGUGCCCUAGGAGCAUCUUUAUUACAGCCGAGUCUCUAUCUUGUUGGAGCAUCUGCAGGCGUUUACGCUCUACUUACCAGUCAUCUGGCACACCUCUAUCUGUGUCACGGUGAGCUACGAUAUGCCAGUUGGCGUCUGGUAACUGUUCUACUUCUUGCUGGUGCGGAUGUUGCAUCGUUACCCGUACCAGCAUUGCUCGGAUGUGGACGGGUUGGUUGGGCAGCGCAUAUCGCUGGUGCCCUGGCAGGACCGCUACUUGGAUUAGCCGUAUUCCCGAAACAAAGCAAAAAGGAUUCGCGCGGUCGUAGAUUUGUACGAUUCGUUAGAUUUUUAAGUGCUAUUAGUGUUAUGCUAUUGAUUAUUGGGGCAAUACUGGGUAAUGUAUAUCUCAUCGCACUGCCACAAUUGCAUAAACCCUCCUGACAACGAAUCCAGAAGCUCAUAAGGCUGUGCAAAAAAUCAUUUCUCAUGGUUAAAAUACGGGAGAGUGCUGAAAAAAUUUUCGAGUAGUUUAUGAUAAAUAACCGAUUGGUGGGGUUUGAUGGGUUAAAUUUUCAAGUGGACGAACAAACGCUGGAGAAUCAUUGCCUUCAGUGUUGACGAAGGAAUAUUGAAUUUCCAAAACUGCCUCCUAUUCCCAUUUGUUCGUAUUCCGAUAAAUGAAAUUUCGCAUUUUGAAGAGGAAUUUUUAAAUGGUGAGUACAAUGACAUGGCAUGUCAUGGCAGAGGGGCGGGGUUGAAAAUCAACUACUUACAUCAAUUAAAGAAUAUAAUAAUCAAUUAAAAUGGCAGUGGUUGUUGUGCACUAUGUGCUAAAAAGAUAAUUUGGAAUAAUGGAGAGAGAGUAUCAGUGUCAAAUGUGAAUGAUAUUUUUUAUUUAGUAUUCGUGUGUCGUAUUGAUUUUUUUCUAGGACUAUUCGAUGCGUUUAAUAAGCCACUCAAUUCGUCUGACGGUGUCGUAUAAUCAUUAGCUGAAUGAAAGUUGCAUUUAUUUUAUUUUACGCGCCUUUGUCAUGAGAAAAAAAAAUGCUCUCAUGGAGUCCCUUUGUUCCUCAUCAGUAAAUUAGAAUUUUUGUAAGAAGUGGUAUUUCUCGUCGGACGCGCGAGAGAAAUUCAUGAUAUGCAAAUACCUUUGUACAUAAUGGAAGUGGACAGUAACGUUGAAUGGCAGAAUUGUUCUGAAUAUAUAAAAAUUUGCAUUUUUUUCGUUGAAAAUCAACUCCUAUUCUAACUAUUCAUACAUUUUAGUGUAUGAAGACUUUAAAGCAGUUGUACUGUUGAGGGAAAAUCGAAGUGUAUUUUAAAAAUUCCAAAAAGACUUGGAAAUACUCAAUUAUCAAUUCAGUAGUAAAGUGAAGUGAGGAUUUUUGUUGAAUUUGUCAUUUGGCUUCUCUUCCUUGGUAAAGUGUACUUCCCUCCUUUUACCACUCACUCCUUCACUUCAAAAUUUAUUCGUUUAUUUUAGCCUAUCAUUUGGGUUUCUAUCGCUAAUUAAAAAAUGAGCAUCAGUGGCUAUUCGCGAUAAUAAAUGUGAAAUGUUUAUCACCUUCAAUGUUUUAAGAACUCUGUGUACAUCAAAAUGUACUGUCAAUGGUAAGUCCUGCCAAAAUUAACUACCAAAGCUAACGAAUAAGAAUGAAUGAGAAAAUAACGAAGAAAUGUUAUAUAAAGUAAAUAAGUAGAAUGAAUAAAUGAAUUUAUUGAAUCCUCUAAAAUAACUUAAGAUACCCAACUGUUCAUCAAUAAUUUUAAAAAAUCGACAAGAUGAGAAAAAAAUCAGAGAAAAAGUAAACUGGCUGUGAUUAUUUUAGUCUUCUCAGAACUUGAGAAAAUAGAUCUACUUGAAUCAUGGAUGCUAAGUCAUGUAAAUAUUGAUUACAACACUGUGAUUAACAAUUUAACAAUUACUGAUAAGAUGCAAAAAGGGGGGAGUAGAAUAGUGAGUAUCAAAAACAAUCAAUUAAGCACAAUUGAAAAUAUGUAAUGAAGCUAUUCAUUAAUCAUUUUAUGUAACAUUAAUCAUUGACAUGGAAAAUUUUGUCUAUAUAAAAAAUGGUUUGUGCAGAAAAAAAAAAUCAUGUUUUCCCUAUGAACAUUGUCUUUUGUCAUUAAUUCAUGCCAUCUCCAAUUCCAACUCGAUUCCAUUCCUUGAUUUAAAUAUAUCACAUUUAAGAAAAUCCUCUCGGUAUUUCUAUUAAAUAUUCCCAUCUGUGACGUCAAAUAUGGUUUCCUGAAAGAGACACAAUAUUUCAAGACUAUUUCAUAGAUCGGGUGCACAACAACAGUGACAGGAUUAUGAAAUUCCCAUGCCACCGUUUAUAUUUUUUUACCCAAAAGAAAACUCAGCGCUCGACACAUACAUCACCUUCCCUGCUUUCAAUAAAAACCUGACUGUGAAAUAUGCGGGUUGUAUUCGAUGACAAAAGGCGGAUAACAACUCAAGUUAAUAAUAUCGACGGCUUCCAGAAGUUGAGGAGAAUGAAAAAAAAAAGAGUACGCUAAAUGGCAGCGGUAUAGGAUAAGGGGAGAAGGAGGAGGUCGAUUGAGCGCGUCAGGAGAGGGAUUUCUACCGCACAGUGUCCUGCUCAUACAUCUCUGUUCCUCUCUGAAAGGGAAAAUAAAAAUGUAGAAAGAUAAAAUAAAGUGAAAAAAAAAUCGUGGACCCCCAUAGUUUACCCUGGAGAACGAUAAAACUGGGAAUCCAAAGGGAUAUAGCAAGGCUACCCUCGUUGCAAAUAUUUAUUGUUAAGGUACACUACGGAUGAUAAAAAAAAUCCACAACUUACAUUGUAUGUGGAUGCUUGACGUUUAUAGUUAGUCUGUCUACGGAAUAAUUUUCAGAUAGCAGCGGAGGAGUCUGAUUUUGAUGGCAAAGCU